AUGGCUCCUCCUCUUGUUCUCACCAUCCAAAGUCACAUGACGCAUGGCAGAAGUGGAAAUAGAUCUGCUGUUUUACCGAUUGAGGUGAAUGGGAUUGAUUGCGAUCCUAUAAAUACAGUUAAUUUCUCAACCCACACUGCAUAUCCUCAUAUUCGCGGCACAAAAAUGACACCACAAGAAUUAGAGGACAUUCUCGAAGGAUUACGUAUGAAUAACAUUCUCAAAAUGUAUACACAUCUUCUGACCGGAUACAUAGGUGAUCCUCAUAUCAUCAAAGUCAUUGCAAAUCUCAGGAAAGAACUUGGAAAUGGUGUUCAUUAUCUGUGCGAUCCUGUUUUAGGUGAUUCUGGAGAAUUAUACGUAGAUCCAGAGUGCAAACAGCUAUUCAAAGAAGUUUUAGUUCCAAUUGCUGAUACUAUUACACCAAAUCAAUACGAAGCAGAGUGGUUGACUGAUAUGAAACUCAACACUCCUCAAGAUCUUCUCGAAAUCGUUAAAAAGUUGCAUGAAUUAGGACCAAAGAAUGUUGCCAUUUCAAGUAUUGAAUGGAAGCAUCGUUUUGUAUUCUUCAGUUUCGAAAAUGGAAAGAUUCAGCUCCCAGUUGAAACUAAAAGUUAUGACAGAAGUUUUGAUGGACCUGGCGAUGUAUUUGCAGCAUUAUUACUCUCAAAUAUGAUUAAAUACCCAGAGGAUUACGAAAAAGUCGCUAAAAAUACAGUCAAUGGUACAUUUUGUGUAAUCAAAAACACAUUUGAACUCGGAUUUAGAGAACUUGCAAUUCCUCAGUCCGUAGAAGAAUUAAUUCAUCCUCCUGAGUUAUUCCAGCCUAUAACUAUUGAACAAUUCCUCAAAACUAAUGUUAAUGAAUAA